AUGGUACUUGCUCCGGAUGCAGUUGUCAUGGAGAUGGAAGAGGGCUCAGCGUCCACUAGUGGCACUGUUACCAUGGAAAUCCCCACCGCAGCAGCUGCCUCAGCGGAGCGAGCCGAGCCGGAGGAGCCUGUUCAGCACCAUGGACAGCAGCACCGCACGGGAGCUUCAUUCCAGCACAGAAACUAUCGGAUGCUGAUUGUGAUCGGAGAGAUUUCCACGAGUCAUCACCUCGAUGCUGCCAAGGAGCAGAUCACACAAGGUUUGCUUUCCUGGAACGUCGAUCUGACCGUCUGUGACUUGAACAAGGAGCUGCAGCUGUUUGAGAGCAGCCACACGGCUCAGUUCUCCUCACAGGUCAAAGGCCAGCGGAUUCUCCAGUAUCAGAGUGAUGUGCUGGAGACAGUGGUGUUGGUGAACCCGUCAGAAGAGGCCGCUACUUCAGAGAUCCGCUCUCUGAUCACUGACCUUGCUGGGAAUAAGUUGCUGAUACUCAGCGGCCAGAGCUCGGAGCAGGGAGGUGACAUCUUGCUUCAAGGCAGAGCCUUCACCUGGCAACACUUCUCCGACAUCAUCUCCAACCCUCAAGUGAUUGAAGUCCUGUCCAGGGCCUCUUCAGAGCAGCCGUCCAGGCUUACUGUUUCCUGUCAGGGAGACGGUGGCUGGAGCUCCCUGGGCCAAAGCCAGGAGCAGCAGCCACUCCAAAAUCUUGUGGAAUACCGCCUGAACCCUGAACCGCACCUCCCCAACAUGGACGGAGUCACAGAGUUCACCGAUUACGUCUCAGAGACAGUGGAUGUGCCAUCACCCUUCGACCUUUUGGAGCCCCCGACCUCCGGAGGUUUUCUGAAGCUGUCCAAACCCUGCUGCUACAUCUUCCCUGGAGGCAGAGGAGACUCCGCUCUGUUUGCUGUUAAUGGAUUUAACAUCCUGGUGGAUGGAGGGUCUGAGCACAAGUCUUGCUUCUGGAAGCUGGUUCGCCACCUGGACAGGAUCGACUCCGUUCUGCUCACCCAUAUUGGGGCAGACAACCUUCCUGGCAUUAAUGGGUUGUUCCAGAGGAAGAUUGCAGAGCAGGAGGAGGAGCGUAACCAAGGGUCUGGCUCCAGCACCAACGGUGACUGGAUGAAGAACCUGAUCUCUCCUGAGCUUGGCAUCGUGUUUUUCAAUGUCCCAGAGAAGCUUCGGAUGCCCGAGUCAACUCUGAAAGUAAAGAAAAGCAUUGAAGAAGCAUCUCUUACACUGCAGUACCUUAACAAGCUUGGCAUUACACCAGAGCCUCUUCACAGGGUCGUCAGCAACACCAUUGAACCCAUCACCCUGUUCCACAAACUCGGCGUGGGAAAGUUAGACAUGUAUGUGUUAAACCCUGUAAAAGAGAGCAAGGAGAUGCAGUUUCUAAUGCAAAAAUGGGCUGGAAACAGCAAAGCCAAGACAGGGAUUAUGAUGUCAAAUGGAAAAGAAGGAGAAAUAUCCGUCCCGUAUUUGACAUCAGUUACUGCUCUCAUAGUCUGGAUUCCUCACCGUCCCACAGAAAAGAUAGUCAGGGUGCUCUUCCCAGGAAAUGCACCACAGAAUAAAAUCUUCGAGGGUCUUGAGAAGCUGAAACACCUGGACUUCCUGCGAUACCCAGUGGCUACCCAAAAAGACAUAUCCUCUGGUGCACCGCCUCCCAUCAUCAAACAGACUAAAAUGAGAUCAAGAACUGACAGCAAAGAGAGUCUCAAAUCUUCACCCAAGCCGCACUCCAAAACAACCAAGAAGGAAACCAGUGGCCAAGAGGAAGAAUCCAAGAGUGAAAUCACUAAAGAGAAUAAAGUAGAAAAGAAAGAAGAGAAAAAAGUGAAAAGUGAAAGCCUAAAAGCCACCAAACAGCAGAAAAACAGUGAGGUGGCCCCCGUGGGAGUCAAGACAGAGAAAAAGAAAAUAUCCAAGGACAAAACUACCAAGCAGGAGAAAGUGUCCAAGAUGGAUGAGAAGAAAGACAAAGAAAAGAAAGAAAUAAAGAAAGAGAGUAAAGUAAAGAAAGAUGAGAAUAUAAGAAAAGAAGAGAAAAAAGAGAGUAAAGCCAAGGAGGAUAAAAAGAAGGACCCGAGUAAACCAGAGCUGAGAAAAAUCACUAAGCCUGAUCUGAAGCCGUUCACACCUGAAGUGAGAAAAACUCUGCACAAGGCCAACAAGACUCAAGCAAAACCCAAGGCAGAUAAAAAUAAAGCCGUUAAAGAGGAAGCAAAUGAGAAGAAGCCGAAGCCGGUCCCGGUCCCGAAGAACAUCCCCGAAGAGGUUGCAGCAGCAGCUCUGGCAGACAGGUCCAUCGUGUCCUCUCCUGAAGACCUCACCGAGGACUUUGAGGCUCUGAAACAAGAAGAACUGACCAAACAUACGAGUCAGCCGAUACAGAACGAUGUGAUAUCUGGGCAUUCAGUGUUCCCAGAUACUAAAGUUUCUUCCUUAAUUUUCCCUGAUGAAAAAAUCACACCCCCAACCACCGAGAUAAAACCUGCUUCACCCAUAUCGCCUGUCAAACAAGAACAAGACAAGGAUGACAAGGGAGCAGCCGUUGAAAAGAAGGACGCAAGUGAUGGCUUUGACAAGAAAUAUGAAGAGGAGAAAAUGGAGAAAUAUGACAAAUACCCUGUAAAGGAUGACAUGAAAGACAGAUCAAAGAAGAGUGACAGCUCAGAGGAGGAGGGGGAUGUGAUUGAAAAAGCCGAGUUCGAAGGAACUGAAGACGACGAGGUUCUGAAGUACAAAACAGAGGAGACAAAGAAAGACAAAACUGGAAAGGAGUGGGACACCAAGCCAACUGAGCAAAAACCUUCAUCAAACUCAACCCUGCCUGGAUUAGGCGCACCAUCGGCAGCAUCGGAGCAGUUCUCCUUCAUCCAAGAUGAGACCAUCCCCGGUUACUCUGAGACUGAGCAGACCUUCUCUGAUGAGGAGAUCCACGAGGAAACAGAAGACAGGAUCCCACAGCUACGAUAUGAUGUGGCCUCCUAUGAAGUUUCUGUCCCUGAUGUCCCUGGUACCUUUGACUCCAUGCACGGUAUAAAAGAGAUGAAGAGCUCUGUCGUGUCUGACGUCGCAGAUGUCAAACCAAAACCCUUCAUGGGAGGUCAAGAGCCUGAGCUUGCACCGUACCCUGCCAUCAUCGCUGCUCCUCUUGCAGAGGAGGAACACAUCUCCUCAGCAACAUCCAUCACAGAAUAUGACAAACUGUCCUCUUUUGCCACAUCUGUAGCUGAAGACCAGUCCAUAACCUCGGUGACGGCGCCUCAGACCGAGGAAGUUGGGAGGAACUCGCUCAUGCUCGACACCAUCAACAAUAUCCCCUUGCGUGUAGAGGCCCCCCAUGGGAAGGACUAUCUCCACUCGGCAGGAACCAUCUCACCCACUUCCUCUCUGGAGGAUGACAAAUGCUUUAAGUCUCCGUCCUCUGAUGAGUACCAGCCCCAAAUUCCUGAGAUGGACGGUGACGCCAAGAUCGCAGCAGUCCACGAAGAAGAAGACGAUGAGGAAGACGAGGACGAGGACCAGACUCCAAAUGUUGACAUCCCUCUGGGGAAACUCCAAGAGGGCUACGAACACGCGGCCUCCAUGAUGCUCCAGGAGAAAGAGAAAUCUCCCUGUGCUACUAUUCCUCCUCCUCCUCUCUUCUCUACUUCACAGUUCUCUCCCACACAGGCUGUCAAAGAGAACCAGGCUCUCUUUAGCACCGAGGGAUUUAAGACUGGUGCUGAGAUAAAGGCUGUUUCACCCCCUCCAUCUUUCUCCCCGGGGUUAGAGUCCCACUCCAGACAGGAGAGUGAAGAAAGAUGUCUGAGUCCAGAUGACAGCACAAUGAGACUGGCUUCACCCACACAGUCUGUUCCUACUAGCAGUGGCUACUCUCCAACAGAAGACAAACCCUUCAAGUCGGAGGAUAAAGACGAGGCGGUGACCAAUAUGAAAGCCGACACUCAGAAAACCGUGUCUGACAAUACCUCUUUUGUUGGUCUGCCAGGUGACAAGACAGCAUUUGAAGCUUCUGAAGAAUCCGAUGAAGAAAAUGAGGUUGAGGACGAAGCUGAUUUCUUUGCCAAAAAGGAUCUACAGCCUACCAUUAAGGCUAAGCUCAUGGAGGCAAAAGAGGGGUGCUUCCUUGAUGACGACUCCUCCUUUGUGGCAAAAUCCGCAAAGACAGAAACAGAAGUCAAGACCACGGAGAAGACACAGGUGUCCUUUAGCACAGACGAGAAACCAAAGGCUCCACCAAAAGUGAUGUACUCAGAUGAAGAUGACGAUGAUGAUGAUGAGGAGGACGAAGAUGACAAAGAUUAUUCCCCAGGUGGAGUGGGGCCUAAAUCCCCAUUUACAGGUCAGAGCAAAGCAGAGUUAGACACGAACGACAUGGAGAAAACAGAUAAAGAAUCAGAGAAAAACGUUCAUUUCAAUCUCUAUAAUUUCCCAGAGAAGGAAAGCAAAGAAAAGGCGUUAUAUAUAAGACAAGACACGCCUUAUGUGCACGAUAAAACAUUCUCAUACGGUGACUUUGCUGACAGCAAAACAGGCUCAAUGGACUCUGAUUUAUAUGCUCAAGAGCCCUUGGAUAAGACAGAGAAGGACGCAGCAAAGAGUGAAGUAGAUCUGCAGAAACACAAGCCCCCAUCUCCUGUACAAGCCACCGAGAAGAUGUCAGAGAAGGAGGGAUUUACCGCCUCUUAUGGUAAAGAGUCCUCCACCCCAUCGUGGCUAGACUCCAAGAGCACUCCUGCUGUGCCUCCAUUUGAAAAAGAGGUAAAAGAAAAGGAGACAUUUGAAUAUAGCGCAAGCAGUCGAUUCCCUUCAGUGGCUGACAGACCUGAGGCUUCGUCCACUUCCUUAUCGUCAGAAAAAGACUCCUUCUCUUUUAAAAGCCAAACUGACAGCGCUAAGCCCCCGACUUACUCCUCUAUGACAGGAUUUGAUGUCGACAAAGCCGCCGCUACGGGCUACGGCGAGAAAGGAGCCUGUUUGGAGGUCGAUAUGCGAAAACUAACAGCAAGGGAUGAGGAAGACUACGAUGAUGACGAGGUUCUUGAAGAAGACGACGAUGAGGACGAAUACGAUGAGGAAGAAGAAGAAGAGGAGGAGGAUGAAAGUGCUGUUGAUGCUGGAAUGGAGAAAGGUGCCAAAGAGAAGUCUGAGAAGGAAGUAAAAAGUCCAAUCAGUGAGAUGUUCGGCUCUAAUAGGCCUGAGUUUAUGAUUUCGAUGGCUGGAUACGGUUAUAACAGUCAGGGGAAGCCAAGUGUGACAGAAAGCUCCAUCAGCUCACUCCCGAAAACUCAAGACGAUGUUAAAACUGACUCCUCACCCCUCAGUGGAAAGCCAAUGGAUUUAGGAGCUACAGGUUUCUCUAGCUACUCGUCCGGGUUUGAAUACUCAUAUGGAGGUGGAGAGAAAGACUCAUUUUUAUCAAGUCAGACCACAAACAAAGCUAAAGAGGAUUUCACUUUGAAAUCAACAGAGGACAGUUUCUACCACAGUGACAGGGCCGAUACUGAUUUCGAGAAACAGAAGACACCAGAUCUCCUGAGCAAGAAAUCACUGGACACAAGCUUCCAGUAUACGACCACAGCUGCCCCUGGGUACUCCUCCUCUUCGGCCUACAGCUACUCCUCCUCCACCUCAGGCUCCCUUUCCACCAGCCGACAGUUCGGAGAGGAGCUGGAGACACCUGCCUCUGCCGAGCCUCCCUUUGAGUACUCCUCCUUUAAGGAGGAACAUUCACUGGUCAUGGAUCCUCCGUUCUCUAGCUCAGCCGGCACCAAAGACAACUAUCUGGAAGUGUCUGAGAAACAAAUCACCACUACAACCACUGCUGAGUCUACCUCCAGUUUAACUCGCUUUUCACCCCUCAGCCCAUUUGAUGAGAUUCAAACCUUGCCCGCACUAUCAUCCAGUGCUUUUGCUGAGGAAAAGAAGGAGCAUACGACUUCAUUAGGUGGCAUUAUGGACAAAGGCCCUCAAUCAGACUGCUUCUAUAAGCCUGAGUGGUCUGAAGGGUCCAAGCUGGACACAGUUGGUGGGUUUGGGGCCUCAGCAGGUCUGUUCUCUCAACCUGCUAAUCUCUCCAAGGAUAAAGAGGGAGCCAGCGCUGCUCUGUUUGGUGUCACUUCCUCACCACGUCCAGACAUAGAAGGCAAACAUUACUUUGAGGAGACUGACAGCAGUGAGGAAGAAGAUGAGGAGGUUUACAUGCGUGAGAUGACUCGGAGGUCGCCCUCUAGUGGCCUAGCUGGAAGCCUGUCAUUUUCUGACAAGCCCGUUGCUCCAGCUGCCAGUGAAAAGAAGGGUGGUGCACUCCCUGAUGUUCUUGGUUCCUACAUGUCCUCCCCUCUCCAGGCCAGCAAGCCAGACACAGUUAACGGCCCCACAGAGGUCAGCACACACUCCACCCUCCCUGCUGCCAUCGGCGCAGCUUCAGGCCCCGCCAAGGUGGAGCCCAAACCGGCAGCAGGAGGCUACAGGAGCACUUACGAAUGGGAGAUACCAAAGCCUCAGAUAGGGAUGAUGCCCGGAGACUCUCCUCCUCAUUAUCGUCAUGAUGAAGAGUUUGAAGAGGAGUGUGAGAUGGAGCCAGAGCACCCUGCCCGCCCUCUUUCGCUCUCUUCAACUGAUCAGCCUUUCCGCUCGCCAUUCUACGCUGAAGAGUGCAGCCGAGGAGUGCACGAUGACGACGAUGAUGAUGACGACGACAGCGAUCAGGAUCUCACCGGACCCAUUGGAGCCACCUCCUCUUACGCCAGCCGCAGCUCUCCUGGAUAUUCCUCCUCUGAGUACAGGCCGCGGAAAGAAGACCUCUCGCCUUCCUUCAUCAACCCCAGCAUGCGGCAGCUAUGCAGCGAUGAAGACGACGAAGAGGAAGGACAGAGAAGCGACCAGUCGCAGGAGGGAGAAGAGCACGACUUGUCGGUCAAGAGAAGGGCUCACAAGCAGCCGCACCAUCACCAGUCUCACAGCAGCUCUCUGCACCAGGUCGGUGGCAUGUCAGCAGGGCUCGGUCUGGCCACGGAGGACACACCGCCCACCUCCGUCAGCGAGUCUCUAGGCUCUCAGUCGGACUCCGAUGUGCCUCCAGGUACCGAGGAAUACCCGUCUGUCACUGGUGACGGCAACAUGGACUCAGACGAGGAUGCAGAAUACAUGCCUGUUGAUAAAUUAUCUGCCACAGGAGUAGGUAGCCAUCAAUCUGCCUCUAGAAGGAGCAACGACCCUCCUCCUGCACCCCUCAUGGACCCCUACCCUCAACCCCCACGCCCAGAUGUUUGCAUGGUGGAUCCUGAGUCUUUGGAGAACGGCACGGUUAAGAAAGAGCCAAAACCCAAAGGUCUGAAGAAGGCGUCCGGGAAAACCAAAUCAGCUUCACCGGCCAGGCGCAAGAAGUCUCCCAUGCCGGUGAAACAGACGCCGUCUCCUCGCAAUACAACGCUGAAGAAGAAGGACGCAGACAAGAGCUCGCGUAUGUCUCGUCUGUCGGAUGGACAAGGCUCCAAAGACGAUGACCUCUCCAGAUCGAGCUACAACCCCGGCAAGGGGAUGACCAACGGUGUCAAGAGCAGUUCAGGUUCUCAGAAAUCCGGCACUGCGGCUGCUUCCGGCCUUCCUAUUUAUGUGGACUUGGCCUACAUUCCCAAUCACUGCAGUGCCAAGAACGUGGACCAAGAGUUCUUCAAACGCAUUCGCUCUGCGUACUACGUGGUGAGCGGGAACGACGGACCGAGCGGCGAACCAAGCCGAGGAGUUCUCGAUGCACUGUUGGACGGCAAAGCUCAGUGGGGAUCAAAUCUUCAGGUGACGCUGAUCCCCACCCACGACACGGAGGUGACCCGCGAGUGGUACCAGCAGACGCACGAGAAGCAGCAGGAGCUCAACAUCAUGGUCCUGGCGUCCAGCAGCACCGUCGUCAUGCAGGACGAGUCCUUCCCCGCCUGCAAGAUCGAGUUUUAA